AUGCUGCGGCUUGUCGUGGAGUCGGCCAAGAUCAACCCGCCCCUCACCCCCGCCCCCAGACCCUGCAUGACCGUCUACUUCAGAGAUAUCAAGAAGAGAACUCGUGAGGCGGAAGGGAAUAACCCCACAUGGAACGAGACCCUAAUCUGGCACCUCUGGAACCGCCCCCUGAAAAAUGACUCCUUCCUGCAAAUCAUCCUUCGGGACAUGGGCUCAAUGAAGAAAGAAAGGUUCAUUGGCCUGGCCACAAUAAUGCUCACGCCCUUGGUGAAAAAACCUAGUGAAGUCCUUUUCGUGAAGGACCUGACCCUGCUCAACCAUUCUAUGAAGCCCACAGACUGCACUGCUACCCUACAGGUGGCCCAUAUGACCAACCACGAUAUUGACAAGACAGGGGACGAAGACCUUCUGGGCAUAACUACACGAGAAGCCGUCAAGCAAAAACUGAUGGUUCCUGGCUCUGCCAUGCCCAAGGCUCUGUCCUCAAAGCCUGAACACUUUCAGGUCCGAGUGAAGGUGUUUGAAGCCCGACAGCUCAUGGGCAACAACCUCAAGCCCGUGGUGAAGGUGGUCAUUGGAGGCCAGCAACACCACACACGGAUCAAGAUGGGAAACAACCCUUUCUUCAACGAGAUCUUCUUCCAGAAUUUUCAUGAGGUUCCUGCAAAGUUCUUCGAUGAGACCAUCUUAAUCCAAGUGAUGAAUUCCUCGGUGAUGAGAUUUAAUGCAGAGAUCGGGAGAUUCCAAACAGAUAUUGGGUUUAUCUACCAUUAUCCAGGUCACACACUCCUGAGGAAGUGGUUAGGCCUCUGCCAGCCAAAUGAACCCAACAGUGGUGUGAGAGGCUACCUGAAAGUCACCAUCUGUGCCCUCGGUGUGGGAGACCAGGCCCUGGUAGAUCAAAAGCUUCCCUAUGGGGCUGAUGACACCGCUACCCCAAUCUUCAAGUCAACGGUGGUCCCAGUCAACAUGGCCUACUUACAGUUCUUCAUCUACUGCGCGGAGGACCUUCAUCUCAAGAAACACUAUUCAGUAAGUCCUAUGUUGGAGGUGGAACUAAUUGGGGAAAAGCUCAAGACAAACGUGCAGACCAAAACUGAGAACCCGAUAUGGAACCAGAUCUUGACCUUCCAGAUUCAGCUGCCCUGCCUCUCCAGCUACAUCAAGUUCAGAGUCUUGGACUGCCCCAAGAACAGUUGCCGGGAUGAGAUCGGGACUGUCAGCCUGUCCCUCAACCAGAUUUCAUCCACUGGAGCAGAAACAGAAGGAAUGUACUCUGGCUUCCUACCCUGCUUUGGCCCCAGCUUCCUGACUCUCCGUGGGGGUAAAAAGGCCCCUUUCAGGAUCCAGGAAGAAGGCUCUAUUAUUCCCAACUCUGUUAAGGAUGGUUUAGCUUAUCGAGGCCGAGUCUUCCUGGAGUUAAUCACACACAUCAAGUCCCAUCAAGACUCUAGGAUAAAGGAUCUCUCCAGUGAAGUGACCAGUGUAGAGAAGCACCAGAACCGCCAAAAGUAUGGGCUGUGCGUCAUCUUCCUUUCCUGUACCAUGAUGCCCAACUUUAAGGACCUGAUCCAAUUCGAGGUCAGCAUCGGCCACUACGGAAACAAGAUGGACCAGAACUACAAGCCUCUCGUCUCAACCACACAGUACAGCCCAGUGAUAUAUGAUGGGAACAUCUACCAUUACGUGCCCUGGUACAACACCAAGCCAGUGGUGGCCGUGACUUCCUACUGGGAGGACGUCAGCUUCCGCAUGAACUGCCUCAACCUCCUCCACUUCACUCGGGACCGCCUGAAAGCCAAUCUAGACACCCUGAAAUCCAUGAGGAAUCCGAGGGACCCAGCUCUGCUGCCCCAGUGGGAGAAACUGCUGAGGGAGCUGGCGGAGGACUGCAAGCGCCCUCUGCCCUGCAUGACGGAUCAGCCCAAAGCCACCGAACUGGACAAGAAGAGGUGGCAGCUCCGCAGUGUCCUCCUGCAGGAACUGGCCCAGAAGGCCAAGGAGGCCAAGCCCAGGGACAUGGUGGCCACCGUGGAGGGCUGGCUGUACCGCCUCAACGCCGUGCUCCCCGAGCCCCAGAUGAGCCUCCCGGACGUGACGAUCUGGCUGAUGUCCAAGGAGCAGCGAGUGGCCUACGCGCAGGUGCCCGCCCACAGCAUCCUGUUCUCCCGGACAGGGGCCCCGCACUCUGGCAGUUUCUGUGGGAAGACACAGACCCUCCUCCUGCAGUACCCAGAGGGUGAAGGACAGAAGAACACGCUCCCGGCUCACCUCCGGGUCUGCAUGUGGCUCGGCAACGUCACGGACAGCAGGGACCUGCAGCUGCUCCGCCAGGGCGAAGUGGUCGUGUACGCGGAGACGUACGAGAACCAGGCCAAGUAUAAAGACCAGUGGGGGCAGCAGGGGCUGUACCGGUGCCCCAAAUUCUCGGACGUCAUGGGGCACAAGGCCCUCCCCAAGGAGGAUUUCAAGGCACCCCACGGAUGGCACUGGCAGGGGCAGUGGACAGUGGAGCCUCAGAGGAGACUCCUCCUGGACACAGACAUCAACAAGAGCCAGGUGCUGGAGGAAGUGUACGAAAACCAGCACCGCGACACCACGGGGGCCUGGGUGCCAGCGGCCAUCCCCAACACGGAUAUGGACGGACAGCCCGUGGAGGCCCGGGAGAAUGUGAGGUGCCCCCAAGGCUGGCACGUUAGGAAGAACUGGACUGUGGAGCUGAACCACGCGGUGGAUGAUGAGGGUUGGGAGUACGGAGUGGGGAUCCCGCCGUCGGGCCUGCCCCGGGUCUGGAACUCAGUGGAGAAGACCUACUACACGUGCCGCCGCCGGCGCUGGGCGCGCAUGCGCUACCGGAACCAUGGGAAGCUGAGCCACGAGCAGGAGACUCUGUCCUUCCUGCAGCUGCACCACCCCAGCCUGGUUGAGGAGGAGCAGGGCUGGGAAUAUGGCACAUUUGGCUCCAAGUUCCACCUGAACCCUCAGCCGCAGAGCCGGUUCCGCCGCCGCUGCUGGCACCGCAGGCUGGCCCCCAACAGGCACAAGGGCAUUGCACCCAUAUUCCUUCUGGAGGGAUCCUUGGGUAUGGAUCUGAAAGAGCAGGCUGAGAAGGAAGGGGACAGGACGCCAUCACGGGGUCUGAGCAAAAUGUUCAGGGACUCCUGGAGGCCUGCCCCAGAGGACACCCACCCACCCAACCUGCCCUUCAUCUACUGCAUCUUCAACAAGCCCCACUACUACCAGCUUUUCUGCUACAUCUACCAGGCCCGGAACCUGAUGUCCAACCAGAUCCAUUCCUUCCAGGAGCCCUUCAUUCGGCUGGUCUUCUUGAACCACAGCCAGUGCACCCAAACCCUGAGGAGCUCUGCAGCCCCUACAUGGGCCCAGACACUCAUCUUCCAGCACCUCCUUCUGUAUGAGAACCCCCAGGACACCAAAGAGAGCCCACCACUCGUGGUGUUAGAACUGUGGCAGCGGAACUCCCAGGGCAAGGAGAGCUUGUGGGGACGGAGCAUGUGGUCCCCGGUGGUCUGGCUGGAUGUCCAAAACCGGAUCCUGCCCCCUAUGAGGUGGCACCCCCUUGUAAAAGAGUUGGAGGAGGAAGAGGGCGAGAUCUUGGCAUCCUGUGAGCUGAUCCUUGAGACUGAGAGUCUCAGAGAGAAACUGCCACUCUUAAGUGUUCCUUGGAAGAAUGGGGUCUACACACUCCCCAAGAGUAUCCAGCCCACGCUAAAGAAAAUGGCUAUUGAGAUCCUGGUCUGGGGCCUUCGGAACAUGAAGCAGGUGCGCUCCCCUCAGCUCCUGGUAGAAUGCUGGGAGGAGUCCCUGCAGACAGAACCCAUCAGGGACUUCCAGACCAACCCCAACUUCACCGAGUCAGUCCUCUUCCUCACGCUGUUCAUGCCUACGGAGGAGGCCUACGUGCUGCCCCUCAUGUUGAAGGUGGUGGACAACCGGGACUUUGGCCAGCAGACCGUGGUGGGUCAGGCCAGCGUCGACUCCCUACAGCCCUACUUCUGUGACCCCUGGGCUCGGGACUACGUGCCUCCAUGGCGUCCAAUGCUGUCUGUGAACAAGUACCAGGAGCUCCUAGGUUACCUCUAUGAAAAGUUCUGGUUCAAGUCCAGCAAAGGCGAGGAUGAAUACGAGCAUGAAGUGGAUUGGUGGAGCAAGCUGUUCUGGGCCACAGGCGAUCUUCAGAAGCCCCUCAAGUACAAGGACAAAGACUACCACACCCUGAAGGUGUAUGACUGCGAGCUGGAGGCUGUGCCCGACUUCCAAGGCCUGCAGGACUUCUGCCAGACCUUCAGACUUUACCAGGAACAGCCCAAGUUGGACAGCCCUGUGGUGGGUGAGUUCAAGGGCCUUUUCCGCGUCUACCCCUUUCCUGAGAAUCCAGAAGCCCCCAAACCCCCUCACCAGUUUUUGGUUUGGCCUCAGAAAGAGGACUUUCCUCAGCAGUGCUUGGUGCGAGUGUAUGUGGUACGAGCAAUCAACCUGCAGCCGCAAGACACCAAUGGCCUGUGUGACCCUUAUGUGAUCCUGAAACUGGGACAGACAAAGCUUGGCAACCGAGACAAGUACCAGCCCAACACCUUGGAUCCCAUCUUUGGCAUGAUGUUUGAACUGAGCUGCACCAUCCCCCUGGAGAAGGACCUGGAGAUCCAGCUAUAUGACUUUGACCUGUUGUCACCUGAUGAUAAGAUCGGAGCCACAGUCAUCGACCUUGAAAACCGACUCCUCUCUGGCUUUGGAGCUCGUUGUGGGCUCUCCAAAUCCUACUGCCAGUCAGGGCCCUUCAGGUGGCGGGAUCAGAUGCCCCCAAGCUUCCUCUUGGAACGCCACGCCAAGCAGAAAGGACUGCCUCCGCCUCUAUUCAACCCUGAGGACGACUCUGUUUUUUACAAUGGGAAAAAAUUCAAACUGCAAAGCUUUGAGCCCAAGCCCCCUACCACUCAUUAUUUGGGACCUAAGAAAGAACGCCUUGCACUGUACCUCCUGCACACCCAGGGGCUGGUACCUGAGCACGUGGAGACCCGCACGCUAUACAGCGACAGCCAGCCAGGCAUUGACCAGGGAAAGGUGCAAAUGUGGGUGGACAUCUUCCCCAAGAAGCUUGGGCCUCCUGGCCCCCCAGUCAACAUCAAGCCCAGACAGCCUAAAAGGUAUGAGCUGCGCUGCGUCAUCUGGAAAACUGCCCAGGUGGACCUGAAGAGUGACACUUUAAGUAUGGACAACAUAAGCGACAUCUAUGUCAAAGGGUGGUUAUUCGGGCUAGAGAAGGACAUGCAGAAGACAGAUGUCCACUACCGCUCCCUGACUGGGGAGGGCAACUUCAACUGGCGGUUCAUCUUCACCUUGGACUACCUGAUGGCAGAGCAUGUGUGCGUCCUGAGCCAGAAGGACUACAUAUGGAGCCUGGAUCCCACGGUGAUGAAGUUCCCAGCCCGGCUCAUCAUCCAGGUCUGGGAUAAUGACAUCUUCUCCCCUGAUGACUUCCUAGGGGUCCUGGAGCUGGAUUUGUCUGACAUGCCCCUCCCGGCCCGGCACGCCAAGCUAUGCUCCAUCAGGAUGAUGGAUGCUGACCCCAAGUGGCCCUACUUCCUCCAUCACAAGCACUUCUCCCUCUUUAAGAAGAAGACUGUAACCGGCUGGUGGCCUUGCCAGGUCCUCGAUGGUGGCAAAUGGCGCUUGUCGGGUAAAGUGAAGAUGACUCUGGAGAUUCUGUCCGAGAAGGAGGCCUUAAUCAGGCCAGCAGGACGAGGCCAGUCAGAACCCAACCAAUACCCUACACUUCAUCCUCCCCUACGCAGCGACAGCUUGUUCCUAUGGCUUCGGUCACCUAUUAAAAACUUCCUCCGUGUUUUGUGGAAACGCUACCGCUUCAAAAUCAUAGCCGUCUCAAUCAUAUUGAUUAUAGGGCUCAUGCUGUUCAAGUUUAUCUAUUCAGCUCCGAACUAUUUGGCUAUGAGCUGGAUCAAACCUGAACUUCGGAUGAAUGCUCCCAUUAACAUAUUCGCCAAUAUCAUUAAUUCACCAAACACCAGCAAUGCCAACUCUUCUAUCCUCACCACCCAGCAUCUGAACCUAAAGCCUACAACACGCCAUGAGUUGAAACUCCUCCAGGGACCCAUGAAUCACCUGCGAGAUAUUUUUCCAGAACUUCCAGUCCCGCAAGACUAAUUCGCUCACAUUUGCCUGGCUUUCUCCUGACCACCACCAGCCCUACCCUUGGGCUUCCCACCAGUUCCUUGUUUCUCUCCUCUAGGACAUAUGCAAGGGGCUAGGGAUAUUCUGGCUAUUAUGUUCAGAAACCCCUUCAACAAGAAGGGCAGAGUUGUAAUUUUCCACUGAAAUAAACAAUUUUUGUA